UGUCUUUGCUUGUGACUUGGAAGAAUUUCGCUUCUUUGUUUGGAGAGAGAAUCAUGCAGCGUUUACCAGUUAAAAGCAAGCUUCUGGAUUCAGAUUCAGACACGACCAAGUUGGGGUUUGGAAGCUAUGAUCAGCAGCCUCUUUGCCCUAAACCUCGCCGCGUUGGACCUCCCAUUCCCGAGUUUCUCAAGCCCCUCAAAUGUACCAAGCACAGCCAACAGAAUACCGAUGGGAGAAGUGGAGUUCUGAACAUGAUUGAUGACAAGAAAACUGAUGGAGCAUGCACAGGUUGUUCGCCAAGCUGUUACGCAGGGUCACCGCCGGGAAGAACAGGCAACCCUUUGGUUCACGACGUGCAUUUCGUUCAUCGAAUGGAGCUUCUCUCACCCUUCACCAGAACCAACCUUUCAGACAAAUUUGGCAUCCACUCUGCCUCUCCUGCUUGA